AUGAUGUGGAAGAUGAGAAGUUGUGGGUUUGGGGUUCCAAUUUUGGUUGUUUUUUUAGCUGUGGUGGUACCCACUGUAAAAUCCGUAUGGUUGGAUGUACCUUGGGAGGGAGUCAAGUGUGUUUCCGAGGACAUACGGAGGAGCGUUGUGGUUUUAGCUGAUUACUAUGUCAUCCCGGAUGAAGAUGAUGGUGGUCAUCAUGCUAAUUUCACUCCUGCAAUCUCAGUCAAGGUGACAUCUCCAUAUGGGAGCAACAUUCAUCAUGAAGAAAAAGUGACACAUGGCCAAUUCGCAUUCACAGCAAGUGAAGACGGUGAUUAUGUGGCAUGCUUCUCAGUGGUCGGGGAGCACAAAGGAGGCAAAGGCGCAACUGUUGGUAUUGACUGGAAGACUGGAAUAGCAGCUAAAGAUUGGGAAUCAGUGGCUAAGAAGGAAAAGAUUGAUGGUCUCGAACUUGAGUUGAGUAAACUUGAAGGGGCCGUGGAUGCCAUUCGAGAAAAUUUGAUCUAUCUUAAGGAAAGGGAAGCAGAGAUGAGGGUAGUGAGUGAAAGAACUAAUGCAAGAGUUGCCUCGUUCAGUAUCAUGUCCAUUGCUGUUUGUAUCAUGGUUUCACUUGUACAAGUAGGCUAUCUGAAACGUUACUUUCAAAAGAGAAAGCUUAUAUAG